AUGGCAGAUCAAGACCAGUCACGCAUCAUCGCGGACAAUCCUAUUAGGGACAGCCUCGAUGCCUUUAGCGCUACAUUCAGCUCUAUGUGUAAAGAGAGGAGCAUCUCUUCCUCACCAGACGCGCUUGGCCAACUUAGCCAAGAAGAAUUGCAGAAUCUCGCAUUCGGUCUCUUGUCAACGCUUCAGGUCCUUCCUAUUGUGCGCCACCUCCGUUCCAACAGUGGUGGCAGAAACCUCCUCAGUGAUAUUCUGAAACUCACUUCCGCUCUGAACUCUGACGACUUUGACCUCGACCGCAUCAAACCUCUUCUGAAGGCCGCCGUCACCGGUGAUGCAGAUGAUUCUCAUAUCUGGAAUCAAGUUUACAACGCCGUUACCGAAUCCACCCCACCUCCCCGACCGAUAGCCUCGUCGAUCCAACAAACGCCGUGGAGUCAGAACACGAGCGGCUUCGUAAACUCGUCAGAAUUCCGCCUGAAUGUGGACCCGGUCCUAAAGUUGGAGCUCGGGCGUCUAUAUGUCGGCCUUUCUAAUUUCUGCGAAAUCUUCUUCAGUGGCGUGCCAGAUAUCGGGGCGGCAGCUGCCACCAUCUUUCGCAAAUGCGCCGAAGGCGACAACCCGCUCUUCGGCAGCCAAGGGUGGAAGGGAUGGCCGACAGGCGCCAAAGAAAGCGAUGUCUUGACUUGGUUUGGCGACCUGAUCCCGAAGCUGGAAGCAUUUGCAGGCGACUGCAAUUUGAUCCCGACACGUCGACGAAAGCUGUUGGCGCAGCCUAAGACGCCACUGCGAGGCUCUACAGGCAAACGCAGCAUGGACAUUGGCUUCGUCAACAGCGACAUCGCAUACAAGGCUCCGUCGAAGGAGGAUGGCAGAUUUCGUUGGUCACACAUCCUCGUGGCCGGGGAGCUGAAAAGCAACCCGGAGGCCGACAAAGCUUCGAUAGCAUGGAUUGACCUCGCAACGUAUGCGAGAGAGGUACUCGCUGCUCAAGACACCCGUCGCUUCGUCCUGGGCUUUACUCUCUGCGGAUCUCUUAUGAGGGUAUGGGAGUUCGACCGGCUCGGGGGGAUCGCCUCCGAACAAUUCGACAUCAACAAGAAGGAUGGUGGGCUACAGUUUGUGACCACAAUCCUCGGAUUUCUCUGGAUGAACGAAGACGGGCUUGGAUUUGACCCUACCAUUAUCACGUCCGACGGCGAACGGUAUAUCGAGAUCGAACGAGACGGCCAGACACAGCGCCUCAUCAUUGACGAGGUCAUGAUGCGUGCGCCUUGCAUUGCCGGUCGGGCGACAACAUGUUGGAAGGCCCAUCGCAAAGAGGACCCGCAGACGCCGCUCGUUAUCAAGGACUCGUGGCAGUACACGGACCGAGACGAAGAGGGUAUACUCGUCCAAGAAGCGACUGAGAAAGGCGUGGUUAACGUCGCCCGAUACUACCACCACGAGACUGUUCGCGUCCGCGGUGCUGAUGACGACGUUCGAAGCAAUGUUCGAAAGGGAUUGGACAUCACAAAAGCUACGAAUUAUCGACCGGGACGCCCGAUGUUGCCGUCAAGUGCGAUCGCAUCCAGUGCUUCCCGCAAAGGGCGAAGCAGCAGCGCUGGCGUGAAGCGACCGUCCAGCGAAACUGACGCCGCUCUGCCGCCGAGCAAGCGAUCCUGUUCAGCAUCUCCAACAAAGGCCAGCAUAGACGCGCUGCCAAAUCGGGUACAUCGGAGGGUCAUUCUUCGAGACUAUGGGAAGCCGAUCUACAAGGCAAGCUCUCGACUGGCUCUACUUGCCGCGCUGGAGGGCUGCAUUGAAGGUCACCAGUCCUUGCACAAGGCUGGCCUUCUCCACAGAGACAUCUCUAUCAACAAUAUCAUGAUCAAUGAGGACGACAACAACCCCUCUUGGCCUUCGUUUUUGAUUGACCUUGAUCUCUCCAUCAAAGAGCAACGAGACGUCGCCUCGGGAGCAAGGGGAAAGACUGGCACGAGGGCUUUUAUGGCAAUCGGCGCGCUUCUGGGCGAGCAGCAUUCCUUCAUGCACGAUCUCGAGUCAUUCUUCUGGGUCCUGUUCUGGAUAUGCAUCCAUUACAGCAGGCCAGACGAGAGCAGAGUCGUUCCACGGUUUGAGAAGUGGAAUUACGUCGAUACAGAGGAGUUGGCUGGAAUGAAACUCGGCGUUGUUGCGAAGGAGGCAAUUUUCAUGAAGACAAUCACCGAUAACUUCACGCUAUACUAUGAGCCACUUAUCCCACUGUUGAACGGGAUGCGAAAGAUUGUUUUUCCUAGGGACAAACCGUGGGAACGGGAAGACGAGAAGCUCUUCUCUCGAAUGAGAGAAAUUCUCCGGAAAGAGUGGCAAGACUUGAAGUAA